UUUGUGGACACAUUUUCUUUUCAUAUCCAAUUGAUUGUUUUUUUUAAUUUUUUCUCUCUGAUUGUUUAAUUUAAAUUUUUGUUUCUUUGUUUUUUAAAUUAUUUCUCUCUGUGAACAAUGUUAAUUAGUAGGAAAAGAAAGCUUGAUAAUCUUAGUCCUCCAUCAAGUGUUGUUACCAAUUUGUCUUUGUCAACACCUUCAUCUGUAAACAACAACAACAACAAUGGAGGAACAAUUAAAUUUGAGGAGAAUAUUUCUUCAACUGAUUUGGUAAUUUCUGAAUUGGAUAAAAUAUAUAAUGGAGAUACAAAUUGUUCUAAUGGUGUUAAUAAUGAAAAUCAAGGUUUAGAUGAUUUUACAUAUGAUCUAGAUGAUGGAAUUAUUGGUGAUUUAAGUUCAAGUUUAUCUGAGGAAGAAUCUCCAUUUGAUUUGAAAUGUUUCCAUCGAUUUGAGGUUCUAUCAGUGGAGAAACAAUUGAACAAUAAAAUCCUUCUUCUUAAGUUAAAUCAUCCUGCUACUCACCGGGAAUAUAAUUGCCAAUUAUCUGGUCAAUGGGCUCUCAGUGAGAUUACCCAUCAAGAUAUUGUUCAUAUUCAAAGUGAAAUUUUUGAAAAUGAUACAUUUUUUAUUGAUAAUCAACAAGGAUUCAUCACAAUUAAUCCUGACACUUUGAUUACAUCAACCUUACUUUCCAGUUCAGUAUUUUGUAUGAGAAAAGCUUGGCUUGGUGAACAGUUUAAAGGAUGGGGAUUCGGUAAUAAAUACAUGCUUAUUGGAAACAUUGUCCAUACACUUUUUCAAAAGGCGAUUACUGCAAGUGUAAAAACUAAUGAUGACCUGGAUAAAUUGCUACAACAAAUUGCCAAUCAAAGGGACACAAUAAUGGAAUGUUUCGUUUCCAAUAUAACAAUUGCUCAAUUAAUAUCGGAAGUUCAAGUUUACAUACCAAGUAUAAUAGAAUGGUUAGAAAAAUAUAUCCACAAAGGACCGAGCCCAUUGGAAGAUGAUCUUACCCACCGAGUAAAAGUUGUUUCUGUUCACGAUAUUGAGGAUAACAUUUGGUGUCCUUCUUUUGGUACCAAAGGUAAAAUCGAUGUAACUCUUGAGGUUGAAAUACAUUCUAAUACAAAGCGAAAUGUUGUUCUACCUCUUGAAUUGAAAACGGGUCGACCAAGUUUCUCUUCUGAACAUAUUGGUCAAAUUUCACUUUACUCCAUGAUGAUGAACAAUCGUGUCUCUGGUCAAGGUGAUGGUGGCCUUUUACUUUACCUCAAAGAAAAACCUCGAAUGAAACUUAAUUCAAUUAAACGACCAGUUGCUUCAGCAUUAUUACAAAAACGAAAUGAACUUGCCUUCUACCUCAAUAGACCGAAAACAGGACCAACACCGAAAGAUUCAGCCCAUUCUUGUGGAAAGUGUGAACACCUUCUUGAUUGUUGUCUUACCCUUAAAGCAUUUGAACCUCAAGUCCUUUCGUCUACUCAUAUUAUGGCAAAUGAGUUGGUUCCUAAUGUAUUAGUACAUUUAUCGAGAGAGGAUAUUGAAUUUUUCGCACAUUGGAUCAGUCUAAUUCAAUUGGAAAUUUCGGAAAAUAAAAGAUUGGGAAAUGAUCCGUUCUUUUGGAGUGAAUCAUCGGAAGUGUGUGAAGCUAAAGGUCUUGGACUUGGUGCUUUAACUAUUCACACUUGUGGUGAAGAAAGUGUUGUCCUUCGUCGAAAAUGUUUUCCUGGAACUCAACCAGUUUCACUAACAAUCUACUGUUCUGAUUUGACGGGCGAAAGAGUUGCCAUCAGUUUGGACGAAAGUGUCACCUCAUCAGUUCCCUCUAAUGUUGCUUUCAUGAUCGGUUUUGUAGAGAGAAUGGAUUCCAAUGAGAUCGAAGUUUCCAUUGAAAGGCCAGUUAAACAUAUUAACAAUCAAUCGAUUAUGCGAAUCGAUAUUCUCAAAUAUUCUCAAAUCUAUUCAACCAAUUACGAUAACAUUUUACGAUUGAUGUCUGAUGAUGAUCAUACGAAAAGACUUCGAGAUCUUGUUGUCCACGAAUCAGUUGCUCGCUAUAAAAGCAAAUUUAAUCGAUCAAUCGUUGAGAUAGCAAAGAAGAUAAUCCGACCACUCAAUACUCAACAACAAAAAGCAGUACUUAAAGUAAUCAACACUGAAGAUUAUCUCUUGAUCCGUGGUACUCCAGGUUCUGGUAAAACAUCAGUAAUCGUGGCCAUUGUACGAAUGUUAAUCGAAAUGGGUCGAACGGUUCUAAUCACUAGUCAUACUCACGCUGCCGUGGACAAUAUAUUAUGUAAAUUGUUAGAACACAAAGUUGACUUUGUUCGUGUUGGAUCAAACUUUAGAAUUCACCCAAGUUUAACUGAUUUUUCGAUGGCAAAUAAGACGAAAGGAAUCAAUUCUCCCGAAGAAUUGAGGAGUUUUUAUUCCAAAAUAAAAGUCGUAGCUUCAACUUGUCUUGGUGUCAAUUCUGAGCCUCUUUUUGCUCAUAGGAAAUUUGAUUAUUGUCUAAUUGAUGAGGCAUCUCAAGUACUUUUACCAACAACCCUUGGUCCGCUUUUCGCUUGUGAUAAAUUCAUCUUGGUCGGUGAUGAGAAACAACUACCACCCGUGGUUAGAAAUCGAUCUGCCAAAGAAGGUGGACUAGAGAAUAGUUUAUUUUCCCGUUUAUUGACCAAAGAAUCUUCUUCACUCCAACUAUCAAUUCAAUAUCGUAUGAAUUCAGAAAUUGUCACCAUUCCUAGUAAAUUAUUUUACGAUGGUGCUCUUGCCUGUGGAAAUGCACAAAUUGCCUCCGCAGUUUUACCCGAACCCAAAGUUAAGGUCACCACGGGUUUAUCUUGGUUAGAUCAAGUUUUAUCCUGUCAACUAUCAAAAUCGUUUCUAUUUCUUAAUACUGAUCAAAUCGAUCACGACGAAGAUGCUGAAUAUUCAGGCUUCAUUGAGAAUACAAUUGAAGCUGAUUUAGUUUGUUUCAUUGUUCAACAAUUAGUUGAACAUAUUGGAUUAACUUAUCAACAAAUUGGAGUGAUUAGUCCUUUCCAGAAGCAAGUUUCCUUGAUUAAGAAGAAGUUGGAAAAUCCAGAGAUAUUUGUUAAUUCAGUUGAUCAAUACCAGGGAAAGGAAAAAGAUUGUAUUCUAAUAUCUUGUGUUAAAUUUAAUCGUGAUUCAAAUUUAAUUGUCAGUAAUGAAGAAAUUUUAUCCGAUGAGAGGCGAGUUAACGUGGCGAUUACUCGAGCAUCUAAAAAGUGUAUCUUAAUUGGUAGUCAAUCAACUCUUAAAUUAUAUGAACCAUUUUCCCGUUUAUUUGAUCUCCUUCGAGCUGAUCAAAUAAUUGAGCUACCAAAGAAAACUUUUUCACCAGAAUAAUCAAGAGAGCUCAUUGCAAUAACAAUCAACUUUUGCUAUGUAAAAAUUUAAAUUAACUACAAUGCAUGUAUUAGCCUUAUCAAUAGUUUUUUUAAUUUCAAUGAUACUCUUUUUUAAUUGCAUGAACUUUAAUGAUUGUAAUUAUUUAUCGUUCAAUUUUUUCUAAUUGUUUGAAUUCUAAUUUUUUUGUCAAUCAAACAAAUAAAUGAUCAUCCUUGUUAACCACAAUCCGCUUGAUCUAAUUGUAACCAAGUAAGUAUUGUACAGGCCUCAAUUUUUGAUAAAUUAUCUAUUUCUAUU